UUGUCACGUGUGUACAUUUGUUUCCUAACUGAAGGUUUAGUCUAAAAGGUAUACGUACGGCGCUACUGAGCAUGCGCACAUCAAGACGACGUAUUUUUUAUAAAACGCAAUAUAAUAGAAAAAAAAACAAACAGGCAAAGAAGGCGGUGCCGUUCUUCCUCAUUGGUUGGAGAUCCGCGCUCUGAUUGGACGUCCGCCGGCGCUAUGUUAAUGAGCGGGCGGGGCCUCGCCAAGUGAGUAGGUGACGUCAGCUUCUCAUUCCGCAGAAGCGAAACAAACAUGGCGACAGAAUGGAGCGGUGAAGGCAGCACGCUAACUUUAUUACUGAUCUUCUGGAUCGGGAUGUCUUCUAGCCGAGCGCAGUCCCCGGGCAGCGACAGUCGGAUCCUCGGCAUGCGGCUGGAGAGCAGCGUCAAGCCCGCCUCCACCACCGACGACGGGAUCAUCCAGGUGACCGAGGAGAGCGACAUCCAGCUCCGCUUCUACGGGCUGCAGAUCAGCAACGACACCUGGGAGCGGAUCAAGUUCGUGGAGCAGAGCGAGGAGUCCAACAGCACCUGCGCCGACUUCACCAAAGACAUCUCCAUCACGACCGGCAUGGCCGUCCAGAGCCAGGGCACCUCUGGGGUCCUGGGGCUCAGAAUCAAACCGCUUCGGAAGAGCGAGUCGCGCCGGGAUUACGCGCUGUGCGUCAGGCGCAGCCCGGGAGGGAAGUGGGUCCUCCUCGGGGAAAACGACGGAAAGUUGCGCGUGGUGGAGGAGAAGAAGUCCCUCCUUCCCGUCUGGUUCCAGGUGAUCUUAAUAUCCUGCCUUCUGGUUCUGUCGGGGAUGUUCAGCGGGUUAAACCUGGGUCUAAUGGCGCUGGAUCCCAUGGAGCUGCGCAUCGUCCAAAGCUGCGGUACCGAGAAAGAAAAGAAGUACGCGAGCAAAAUCGAGCCGAUCCGGCGGAAGGGAAACUACUUGCUCUGCUCGCUUCUCCUGGGGAACGUGCUGGUGAACACCACCCUCACCAUCCUCCUGGACGACCUCAUCGGGUCCGGGCUGGUGGCCGUUAUCGCGUCGACCAUCGGCAUCGUCAUCUUCGGCGAGAUCGUCCCUCAGGCGCUCUGUUCCCGCCACGGCUUGGCGGUUGGCGCGAACACCAUUCACCUCACCAAGUUCUUCAUGCUGCUGACUUUACCGCUUUCUUACCCCAUCAGCAAGCUCCUGGACUGCGUUCUGGGUCAGGAGAUCGGCACCGUGUACAACCGAGAGAAGCUGGUGGAGAUGCUGAAGGUGACCGCGCCGUAUAACGACUUGGUGAAGGAGGAGGUGAACAUGAUCCAGGGCGCGCUGGAGCUGAGGACCAAGACGGUGCAGGACAUCAUGACCCCGAUAAACGACUGCUUCAUGAUCAACAGCGACGCGGUGCUGGACUUCAACACCAUGUCUGAGAUCAUGGAGAGCGGCUACACGAGGAUCCCCGUCUACGAGGACGAGCGGAGCAACAUCGUGGACAUCCUCUUCGUCAAAGACCUCGCCUUCGUGGAUCCGGAUGACUGCACGACGCUGAAGACCAUCACCAAGUUCUACAACCAUCCGGUGCACUUCGUGUUUCACGACACCAAGCUGGACUCCAUGCUGGAGGAGUUCAAGAAAGGUAAAUCCCACCUGGCCAUCGUUCAGAAGGUGAACAGCGAGGGCGAGGGAGACCCGUUCUACGAGGUGCUGGGAUUGGUCACGCUGGAGGACGUCAUCGAGGAGAUCAUCAAAUCAGAGAUCCUGGACGAGUCGGACCUCUACACUGAUAACCGCAGCAGGAAGAAAGUGGCCCACAAUAAGAACAAGCGGGACUUCUCUGCCUUCAAACACGAGAGCGAGUCCAAAGUGAAGAUCUCUCCUCAGCUGCUGCUGGCCGCUCACCGCUUCCUGGCCACAGAGGUCAACCUGUUCAGUCCGUCUCAGAUCUCAGAGAAAGUGCUUCUGCGUAUCCUGAAGCACCCCGACGUGAUCCAGGAGAUCAAGUUCAACGAGAACGACAAGAAGUCAGCGCAUCACUACCUGUACCUGCGCGGCAAAGCCGUGGACUUCUUCAUCCUCGUCCUGCAGGGCCGUGUGGAGGUCGAGGCUGGGAACGAGAACAUGAAGUUUGAGACGGGGCCCUUCUCUUACUACGGAGUCAUGGCCCUCAGCACUCCCACGCUAGUCAGUGUCUCUCGUCCUCAUCACCUGUCUCUUAAGAGAUGCUCUCUCUUCUCUCGGUUCCCAGAGUUUCGCUCUCCGUCUCACGUCGGUGGACUGAACCGCUCGGCGUCUCUGAGCUGCACGGAGCGACCCGAGCCUCCGUCCGUCAGCGGCAGUAACACGCAGCUCAGCUCCGCUCCGCAGUACACUCCUGACUUCAACGUCCGGGCGCUCGCCGACCUGCAGAUCGUCAAGAUCACUCGCUCUCAGUAUCAGAACGGGCUGAUGGCGUCUCGUCUGGACAGCUCUCCUCAGUCUCCGGACAGCGGACACGGUCACGUGGACAGCGGCACACCGGCUCUUCAUCCGUCUUCAGAAAACAUCACUCCUGUGGACGAGACCACCUCGCUGCUCAACGAACAGAACAGCCAGGCGCCGCUCACAUAACCCCGCUUCCCACAAUCCCCCUGGACAUCAAGCACUUUCCACAGAACUGUUAAUCAGAGCCCUUUAGCGCCAGCAGUGUGUGUGUGUGUGUGUGUGUGAGAGCAGUCGAUGGCGGACGUGUUUCAUGAAGACGUUGUGUAACACAUUGUGCAAGAUGAAAAAAAAAAAAACUAAGGCGCCAAAGUGUAUCUGGACCGAGAACGAGCCCUGCUUCAGGAGUUUAUAGACUUUCUAGAGAUGAAGAGGUUUAUUUUGUCAUUUUUCUAUUGAGCUUGAUCAGAAAAGUCAACGAGGGAAACUGCAGAUGCCUUUUUAUUUUAUCUUAGUCCAUAGUUCAUUUGACCAAAUUCUGUGUGUGUGUGUGUGAGAGAGAGAGAGGAGUGUGUGUGUCAUGCAUGCACAUACGUGUGUGUGAGUGAUUGACAUGCAUUCAUGCGUGUGUGUGUGUGUGUGUGUGUGUGUAUUUGUGUGUG